AGGGUUUGUGGUCCAAUGGGAUGGCCUCUUCCUUCUAGUCCCGUCUCGCCUUAGUCGCCAAGGCGCCAAAAGGGACUUUAUCUAACUGUCUAGCUCGCCUAGCUGCCAAAAGGGACUAGUCUUUUAUUAGAUCAGUUUGUUUGGACCAGUAACCUCUCUGUAAUGGCUAACACAAAAGUGGCAAAAGGAUUAGCUUUUCUAGUUUAUGUUGUAAAUUCGUGUUGCUACUUGGCAUGUUUUGGUCAGUCUACCUCAACAGACACCCUCUGUCCUGGAGACAGAUUGAGAAACAAUGAAACCUUAAUCUCUGCUCGUGGGGUGUUUGAAUUAGGCUUUUUCAGCUCAGGUGGAUCAUCAAGCAGCAAUCACUACUUGGGAAUUUGGUUCAAGAAUGACCAGUACAAGAAACCAGUUUGGGUAGCAAACCGCGAAAAUCCCAUUUUGGACUCCUCAGGGUUUCUAAGAAUAAGGUAUGAUGGGAACCUGGUGAUCACGGACGUUAGGCGGAUACCCAUAAUAGUAAACUAUGGAAUGCUUGCGACUAGUAGUAACACAAGCGCCAAGCUUCUUGAUUCGGGUAACCUGAUUCUUACAGAAUCAGAGAAGAUUGUGUGGCAGAGUUUUAACUAUCCAUCUGAUACAUUUCUGCCUGGCAUGAAAUUGGGAUUCUUCAAUUUAGACACUGAUCACAUGAGGACACAGUAUCUCGUUUCAUGGGUAAGUCCAUUGGUCCCAACUACCGGACCAUUUGCUUUAGGUCCGGAUACGAAUAAUAAGACGGUCUUCAAAGUUUGGCGUAGAGAUCUUGUGUUUCGACAGAUCGGUUUCUGGGAUGGUCAUAGGUUCAGAUUAUUCUUUGAGUCAGCCAGUUACAAUUUCACCUAUGUAUCCAGCAGCAAGGAGAUCUACCUUACAUUCAAUAAUAAAGGAAAUGAUAGUUUUUCCUGGUUUGUAUUGACUUCAACCGGGGAAAUCAAUGAAUUCACUAUGUUGGAUCACGGGGUUGCAUUUGUCUAUCACACUCUAUGUGCAGGCGAAUCGCUUUUGAAAUCUAAAGGUUGUUUGAUACCAAUGCCAUCCGUGUGUGGAGACAAUGAUAAGUUCUCGGAGAUCAGAGGUUCUAUGCCAAAUUCGAUGAUUUUAAGUGCAUCAGUUCGUAUGGGUCCAAGUGAUUGCGAGAUUAUGUGCAGAAGCAAUUGUUCCUGUACUGCUUAUGCUUCUCUUCGCGAUGAUGGAACAGGAUGUGAGCUUUAUUAUGGGGACAAAAAAGAUCUUUUUGACUUAAUAGGAAAAGGCAAUGACAACCUUAUCUAUGUCCGCGGGGAUUCUCCUACAAAUUCUGAUAUUCAAGAGAAGAGGAGGCUGUUGCUGAUUGUUAUAGUUACAGUGGUUUCCUUCGCAAUGCUUAUGCUCAUAUUUGUAUGGUGCUAUUUACGAGGGAGAAAGUACAGCUGUAUAGAUAUGACUGGGAGACAAGAUGCCAUAAGGGAGAGCGCGUCACUAUUAUUGUUUCAGUUUGGUACUAACCUUGCAGCUGUUGAUGAAGGUAACAACGCAAAUGGUAUUGAACUCAGCAGGAAGAAGGGUCAUGAAUUGCCACUGCUCAGUUUUUCUUGCAUAGCAACAGCUACCGAUAACUUCUCUAAUGCAAAUAAGCUUGGAGAGGGUGGUUUUGGUCCUGUUUAUAAGGGCAAGUUACUAGGAUAUGAUAUUGCAGUGAAAAGACUUUCUAGAUUAUCCGGACAAGGACUACAGGAGUUCAGAAAUGAGGUUCAACUAAUUUCCAAGCUCCAGCAUCGGAAUCUUGUCAGGCUUUUGGGUUAUUGCAUUCAACCAGAAGAAAAGAUAUUAAUCUAUGAGUACAUGCCCAACAACAGCUUGGAUUCUUUCAUUUUUGAUCCAUCCAAGAGAAGUAUACUAGACUGGAGAAAGCGCGUACACAUAAUUGAAGGGAUUGCUCAAGGUCUUCUCUAUCUUCACUUAUACUCCAUAUUAAGAAUUAUUCAUCGAGAUCUCAAAACCAGCAACAUAUUGUUGGACAAUUACAUGAACCCCAAAAUAUCAGAUUUUGGCAUGGCAAGAAUCUUGAAUGAAGAUAAUUCUCGAGCAAAAACAAAGAGGGUUGUUGGAACAUAUGGUUAUAUGUCUCCAGAAUAUGCAGUUCACGGCAUUUUUUCUGCAAAAUCUGAUGUAUUUAGCUUUGGAGUCAUUAUGCUGGAGGUCAUUAGUGGCAGGAAGAACACUUCUUUUUAUGAAUCGGACCGCUCUUUGAACUUGCUAGGUUAUGCUUAUGAUCUGUGGAAAGAUGGUCAAGGUAUGGAAUUGAUGGAUCCAACACUUGCUAACUCAUGUCUGGUGGAUGAACUUAUGGGAUGCAUCCAGGUCGCUCUGUUAUGCAUCCAAGAAAGUGCAAAAGAUCGGCCAACCAUGUCGGAUGUUGUUUCAAUGCUUAGCAAUGAAAGAACAAGUUUACCUACACCGAAGCAGCCUGCCUUUUCUACUCACUUAAUUGUAAUGGAUGUUUAUUCGCCUGGAAGAGGGCGAAAACCGUGUUCCAAUGGCUUGACAUUCUCUGGGGUUGAAGCACGAUAAUAGCUAACAAACUUCUAUAGCUUACGGCCAAAGAGAAAACUGCCAAAUUGUACAAUAUUGUUUGCAAACUAAUUUAUACGUGUUCAUGGUCAAUUUCUGAGUUAUUAUUCCUUUGUUCUUA